UCUCAUUUGACUAGUUCUUCAUCGCCACCUUCUCCCUCCCUCUCUCUCAAUACUAUUUACCAUACUAACAAACUCCCUUCUCUCCUCUCAUUUAUACUUUUCCUCUUUUUCUGCUUCUUACCCAUUAUAAUCUUUCAUUUUUUCCCUCCUUUUACAGAGGAAAACAGGUUUUGUUGUGGUGAGAUCUUUGUUGGAGUGUAGAGAUAUGGAUUUUGCAGAUUACAAGCGUAAGAGCAACUUCCCUAGGAAGAUUUUCCUGGCUGCUGGCCUCAUUGCUGUUUGCUUUCUUCUGUUCAGAAGGUCUCCUAGUUUCACUGGCUCCAGUAAGUUCAAGAUGCAUGAACCCGGGGUAACACAUGUCUUAGUGACUGGAGGUGCUGGGUAUAUAGGUUCUCAUGCUGCUCUCCGGCUCUUGAAGGAUUCAUAUCGUGUCACCAUUGUGGACAAUCUUUCUCGAGGAAACAUGGGCGCUGUUAAAGUUCUCCAAGGACUAUAUCCUGAGCCUGGGCGGCUACAGUUCAUUUAUGCUGAUCUUGGAGAUCCGGCAGCUGUAGACAAAUUGUUUUCUGAGAAUGCAUUUGAUGCUGUAAUGCAUUUUGCAGCUGUUGCAUAUGUUGGUGAAAGUACACAAGAACCUCUCAGGUAUUAUCAUAACAUUACCUCAAAUACGCUGAUGCUGGUGAAAGCAAUGGUGGCUCAUAAUGUCAAGACAUUGAUCUAUUCAAGUACUUGCGCGACAUAUGGAGAGCCCGAGAAAAUGCCCAUCACAGAAUCCACUCCCCAAGUGCCUAUCAAUCCAUAUGGCAAAGCGAAGAAAAUGGCAGAAGAUAUCAUAUUGGACUUCUCAAAGACUUCUGACAUGGCUGUAAUGAUCUUAAGGUACUUCAAUGUGAUUGGAUCAGACCCCGAGGGAAGGUUGGGAGAAGCUCCUAGACCAGAAUUGCGCGAGCAAGGUAGGAUAUCUGGUGCUUGUUUUGAUGCAGCUCGCGGGAUAAUUCCAGGCUUGAAGAUAAGAGGAGUUGACUACACUACGCCCGAUGGGACGUGCAUAAGAGACUAUAUUGACGUCACAGAUCUAAUUGAUGCACAUGUAAAGGCGCUUGAACAUGCAACUCGUGGCAAGGUUGGAAUCUACAACGUUGGCACGGGAAAAGGCAGUUCAGUGAAACAAUUUGUGGAGGCUUGUAAGAAGGCGACGGGAGUGGAGAUAAAGAUAGAGUUCCUGAGCCGACGCCCUGGGGAUUAUGCUGAGGUGUACAGCGACCCGUCCAAGAUCAGGCAGGAGUUGAAUUGGUCGGCCAAGUACACGCUUCAAGAAAGCUUGGCGAUCGCGUGGAGAUGGCAGAAGUUGCACAGAAAUGGCUAUUCUAAGUAACAGAGGCACCUGAAAUGGCUUUCUCUGAUGUCCUUUUUUUUUUUUGUGUAGUAGAUACUUCAUAUUUUACAUGUUUAUUUAGUAUUAUUAUUCAUAUAUACCUCUUGCAAAUGUUUUGGGAACACAGCUGAUCUGAUGUAAAAUUUUGAUUAAAGAUGAAUGAACACCUUUGUUGUUAUCUCAA